AUGGUGCAGCUGACAUCAGCCAUCACGGGUGCUGUUGCGUUAGCAGUUUGCUCCGAGGACAGCGCAGAUGCUGGCGGUCUUGACCUCCAGGAGGUUCACGAAGCAUGUAGAGUAAGCAACAUCAGACCUGGCAAUAUAUGGAAGACUUGCUGCGACCCUUUGCGCUAUGAUGGCUUUGGCAGCAGCAGCUGCUUCCUUCUGCAGGGUUGGGAUGCACGCAGCUGCUGUUCCGCUCUGGAGCCCGACAAUUUCACCAUGGACAUUUGGAGAUCCAUAUCACGGAGUCCAUUGGGUCCUGUGGCGAAAUCUACCAACUCUUCUGGGUCUAUCAUUGUGGUUUAUCAUAAGUCUGGCGCCACUCUAUCAUACAAUUUGCAUACAUCGCCGGACCUUUUGCGGCUUCUGGUCGGUGCCCAGCCCAGUGAGCCAAAAUGGACACGCGUACUUUGGACACCUUCAAGUCCAUCUUGGCAACGCAGUGUCUUUGUGAGCAAGGGCUCUUGGCGCUGGAUGACGUAUUGGGUGGCACCUUCGGAGAUGGCAGAACGUGAAAUAUCAAACUAUUUGGCAGAGGGGGCCAGGCUUGUGCACAUGGUGAGGAAACCAAGCGAAUGGAUAGUAUCAGCGUACCUCUACCACUUGAACGAAUUUGAACCCUGGGCAGUGGUGGUUGACCCGCCGAACUGCAACAACUGCGAUCAUGGAGCAUGGAGGAGUAUUUUCAGUGGCUGCGACUUCAACUGCUCGUAUCAAGAGAUAUUGCGAACUAGCCCCACUGAACGCGGAGUCGAGAUUGAAAUUCGACGCAGCCGCUGGGAGAUCUUGAAGAUGCUGCACAACAUGAAGCUGUGGCAACGUGCCAACGUGCUGCAUCUCUCACUUGUCCACUACUCCAACGACUUUGAUGCAACAGUGAAGUGCAUGCUGACAUUUUUUUUGGAGGGCCGGCAAAAAUUGGUUCAUGGUAAGAAGAUGCAGGCCUUGCUGGCAGCUGCACGUGCAGCUGGUCUACGAUCCAAGCUUUACAAGAAAGACCUGCAGCAGGUGCUUCAAGUCGAGGAGCACUUGUGGAUGCUGGCGCUUCAGGAAGAGCACCGCUUCUUGGCAGAUGCUGACGCCCUGUAUGAUCGACUGAUGAUACGAGGUCAAAAGGAGAUGGCACGCUUGGGCUGUCCGGAUUGGAAAAAAUGGGUGCCAGCUGUGAGCAGGGUUUUGCCUUGGAUCGCAAGUGCGGUGCAUUGCGUAGGGCUUGAACUUGAAAGACCAGCGACAUUGAUGAGGGCUUUCGCGCAAUAUUCCGUUGUAAGACAGUGUGACCGUGGCAUGUUUUGA